GCAGUGCUGCCCGGCCUGCACGACGCGCACGGCCACGUGCUCGACCAGGGCUGGGCGCUCGAGUCCGUCAACCUCGUCGGUGCGCGCUCGGUGGAGGAGGUGCGGCUGCGCAUCGAGCAGCACCUCGCCGCACGGCCGGAGCUGGAGGCGGACAGGGAACGCUGGAUCGAGGGCAUUGGCUGGGAUCAGACGCUGUGGGACCCGCCCGUCUUUCCGAGCGCCAGCGACCUGCGCUCCGUCCUCCUCGACGGCCGCCGCAUUGCGCUGCGCCGCGUCGACGUGCACGCGCUCUGGCUCUCUGAACGCGCACUCGGCGAGGUGGAAGCCGCGGGUCUGCCGCAGCCGGGCGUCGACAUUCCCGGCGGACUCGUGCUGCGCGAUGCAGCGGGCCGUCCGACGGGCGUGCUCAUCGACAAGGCCAUGGAUUACGCUCUCAACGUCAUCCCGCCAUGGACCGACACGGACCGCCGGCGCUUCCUUGCCGCGGCCUCCGAGUCGCUGCUGUCAGUCGGCAUCACCAGUGUUGGUGAUGCCGCAGUCGACCUGCCCAGCUUGCGCUUCUUCCGCGACGCCGAUGAACGAGGCGAGCUGGCGCUGCGCUUCUACGGCAUGCUAGCCUGUCCCACCUCCUCUCCGCGCUGCAGCGACUCUGCCUCUGCCGCCGGCUUCCCUCUGCUGCCUCGGCACGCCGCAUCGCGCCUCACCGUGCGCACCGUCAAGCUCUUCGCCGACGGCGCCCUCGGCUCCUGGGGCUCCGCCAUGUGGGCGCCGUACGCCGACCGGCCCGCCGAGCGCGGACUGAUGCUUAUUGAGCCAAACGACCUGCGCGCGCUUGUUGCGCACUGGCUCGACGCGGGCUGGCAAGUGGCUACCCACUGCAUCGGCGACCGAGCCAACUCGCUCGUGCUGGACGCAUACGAGGCGCUUCUCUCUGCUCGUCCACAACAAGAUCUGAGGCUGCGCGUGGAACACGCGCAGAUCCUCAGGCUGAACGACACCAGCCGCUUUGGACAGCUCGGCGUUGUGGCGUCGAUGCAGCCGACGCAUGCGACGUCGGACAUGGGCUAUGUGGAGAAGCGCCUGGGUGCGGAGCGCAUGCUGGGCGCGUAUCCCUGGCAGUCUGUGCUGCGCGGCGGCGGCAUCCUCGCCUUUGGCUCCGACUUCCCCGUCGAGCUGCCGAAUCCUUUCCACGGCCUCUACAGCGCCAUCACGCGUCUCGAUGCCGAGGGUCACUCGCCCUCCGGCCCCGGCGGCUGGCUGCCGCACGAGCGUCUCUCGCGCGCCGACGCACUGCACGCCUUCACGUACGCAGCUGCAUACGCGCAGUUUGAGGAGCAGCGCACAGGCUCGCUAGAGAGGGGCAGGCGCGCCGAUCUCGUCGUCGUCGACCGCGACAUUAUGGACGAAGCGACAACGCCGAAGCAGCUGCGAGAGACACAGGUGCUUGCUACCAUCAUUGACGGCCGGACAGUCUGGACUCGAGCAUGA